AUGGCUUCGAACGGCUGGUCGUCCAUUUCAGAUAUCGACUCUCGUCCUACUCAUCAGUUUCAGCACCGGGAAUCCAAUGAUAGCGGCGGAAGUCUGCGCAAUCCUUCUGACAGCCCGCCGUCCGAGCCACCACGUGGUGCAAGUCUUCAUGAGAUUGAGGAAGAACAGAGAUCUGCUCCAUUAGCAAUUGCUGGCAGGGCGGAUUGGCACAUGCGAGCUCGACCUAGACCGAGAAAAGAGCUUUCGGAGGUCGACGAGUUUGACCAGAAGCUGGAGGACAAAAGAGCAGCUAUCCGUGACUACAAAUAUUUUCCGAAGAGAUUACUGUCCCUUGAGUCGCACGCGGAAACCGCAAAACCUGGUUUCCAUCGCCAUGAAUCAUCGGAGAGUUUCCCAAUGUUUUCUGCAUCAACGGCAAGCUCUCGUCCUUCAAAGUCACCGGCUGCCUCCUUUAGUUCUGCGGCAGUGCUGUAUGAUGCGUCAGAGGGAAAUGGCGUUACAAACGGCCAUGAAAUAGCAGCCAGGAAUGAGAUACUGCUCAGGACACGAAGUGAUUCGAUUCUCACGACGAGUUCUAUGGCGGAAGAAGCGUUCCAGGCGGAUGAGUUGUUUGGAGAAAACCUUGCAAAUAAUGAUUAUCUCCAUCUGGACAGGCCCUCAACUCCCCCUCCGCUGUUGAAGGAAUCGACCCCCCUGACGACUAUGCACGAAGAAAAGCAGGAGCUAGCGGGGCCAGCUGGAACCACCAACGGUGAGUCGAUGGGUGGUAGCGCUGAAUCCGAAGACGAGGUCUUCCUAACCCCGAUUCCCAUCAUGUCUAAUAUGGAGAGAGAUGAUCCUUGGAGCGCAGAGUUGCUUCUGACGGAGGCGAUCAGACACUACCACAGCAGUACACAUGUUGACGUGCAAUCUGCCGCGCACUUGCUUCAAAAGCUACAUAUUCUCUUCGACGACUGCGAAAAUAUUCUCCCAAGGCAAGAGAGUGAAACCAUAUUCAAAGCAUACAAUGAAACCCUCGUCCGCCAAUCCAUGUAUAUCGAAGCAGCCGAACUUCGUCUUCUCUGCGUCUCGUCUUAUCCCGCGGUCUACGAAUAUGCCCAGGGAGAUACUUAUAUGAACGUCUUUUGCUUCACAUGCAAAAGACCGUAUGAAAACCCCAAGAAUGACAACACUCGCUGCUACCGCUGCAAUACUCCUCAAGAGGCCUGUUCCAUCUGUCUGAGCCUUGAGCCGCCACCGGAAUGGGUUGCGGAGCAGAGUCUUUCAUCCGGCGGCCUCUCUCAUGACUUACAUACUGCCCUCUCUUCGCGUCUUCUUUCGUCAUCGCAUUCCUCGCCCACCGAACCCAUUUCCACCGAACCUAUCUCGUCGGAGGAUUUUGAAACGCAGUACCAACCUCCAAGCACAAAAGGACUUGCUCUCUGGUCCUGGUGCCAGGGUUGCGGUCACGGCGGCCAUCUUGCUUGUAUAAGUACAUGGCUGAAAGACGUUGACGUAAGUGAAGGUGGCUGCGCGACUCCAGGAUGUAUGCACGAUUGCGGUUCAGGACCUCGCCGUGAACAAAACCGCAACGUUCUUCUCGAGGAAUCGAAGAAGCGCGACUCCACCAGCCGAAAGGCCGGUGUAGGGUUCGUCAAACGCGACACCUGGACACGAGGGGAGAGUAAAGCCGUCGAAAAGGUUCGAGGGAUGUUGGGUGUUGGUGCCCAAGCGGGAAAUGUGACUUCAAGCAACACCGUGACUGCUAAUGUUGCUCCCGGUGGGACUAUAUCGACCACUAUGUCGUCCCCCAAAAAGGUGCGGCUUGUCACGCCUAGCGAGCAACAGCAGCCCCAGAGAACUGGCUCGAAUCGCACCAGUCUUGGGUAA